AUGAAUAUAUUCAGUGAAUUUUUUCUAUUAUUUAUUUUAUUUAUUACAACUAUUUUUUCAACAUUCUUUUGUAUAAUCGGUUUAUCAACACCAGGAUGGUACUUUGAUAAUUAUCGUAAUUUAUUUUGUGAUCAAUGUCCAAAAACUCCCAGUAGUCUUGCUAUUAUUUCUAUGAUAUUACUUAUUAUUUGUAUUAUUUUACUUGCUCUACUUAUUGCUAGAAUUAUUGAUCAACAACAAAUAUUUUUAAUACGUUUUAUUAUACCAUCAUUACUUAUACUUAGUACCAUUUUCUUAUUAAUUGCUCUUACAUCUUAUCUUAAUUUUAUUAAUCCAAAUCAUGGCUAUUCAUAUUAUUUAAGUAUAAUAUCAUUUCUAUUUUCUUAUAUAGCUUCAUUAUUAGCUGUAUUUUGGCUUGGUACUGGUGGUUUUCUUUCAAAGACAUAUUCUGUAGAUAUAUUUAUAGAAAAUCGUUAG